GACAACGCUGUUUUACAGCCAUUGCUUUUUAAUUAAAUCCUUUGGUCUUCCUCCGAACCGGAGACUCUCUUGACCACAUUCACGUAUAAUAACACAGAGAGCGUUUUUGUAUUACAUUUUAAUGGAACUCUCUACACCUGUCUUUGUUAGCAAGUUAGCCUCGCGAAACUCUUCUGUCCUUCGCGAGCUCCACUAUUAUUUAUUAUUUUAGUAUUUUAUAUCGUGGUUUAUUUUUUUAUUUUAUUUGGUUUAGUUGUCUCAUUCAGACAGCCGUUAUAAAUAAACCCGUGCUAACGGAGCGUCUCUUUGUUCGUGGCUCGGAAAAGACCCACAUCGGCACCGCCUUGCAGUGAUGAUGAGGAUGAUAAUGGUGAUGAAGAAGAGACAGAGCUGAGAGCUGAGAGUGUGUGGUUGUGUUGCGUUCACAUUGGGAGUGGAAAGGACCCCCUCCCCCACACAUACACAGCAUCCAUGUUUUCCCCCGACCAGGAAAACAUCUCCACGUCUUCAACCAAAGUGCCAAUCAAAUAUGGAGAACUCCUUGUACUCGGGUAUAAUGGCUCUCUACACAAUGGGGACCGUGGCAGAAGGAAGAGCCGGUUUGCACUCUGUAAGAGGCCCAAAUCCAAUGGGGUCAAACCCAGCACCGUACACGUAGCCUGCACCCCACAGGCUGCCAAGGCCAUAAGCAACAAGGAUCAGCACAGUAUAUCCUACACUCUAUCCCGAGCACAGACAGUAGUGGUGGAGUACACUCAAGACAGCAAUUCAGACAUGUUUCAGAUUGGCCGCUCAACUGAGAGUCCUAUAGAUUUUGUGGUGACCGACACGGUUCCCGGCAGUCAGAGUAACUCAGACACUCAGUCGGUUCAAAGCACCAUCUCUCGCUUUGCAUGCCGGAUCAUGUGCCAGCGAUCACCCCCUUACACCGCUCGCAUCUAUGCUGCUGGAUUCGACUCCUCAAAGAACAUCUUUCUAGGGGAGAAGGCAGCAAAGUGGAAGACGUUGGAUGGACAGAUGGAUGGUCUGACAACUAAUGGUGUAUUAGUGAUGCAUCCUCGCCUCGGUUUCACUGAGGACUCAAAACCUGGUGUGUGGAGAGAGAUUUCAGUGUGCGGAAAUGUUUUCACCUUAAGAGAGACCCGCUCGGCUCAGCAGCGAGGGAAAAUGGUCGACAGUGAGUCUCAGGAGUUAGUUGAUGGAUCUCUGAUUGAUCUCUGUGGAGCGACUCUCUUGUGGCGAACAGCUGAGGGCCUUUCCCGCACUCCCACUGUCAAACACCUGGAGGCGCUCCGGCAGGAGCUGAACGCCGCUCGUCCCCAGUGCCCUGUAGGUUUCAACACCCUCGCCUUCCCCAGCAUGCGCAGGAAGGAUAUCGUGGACGAGAAGCAGCCCUGGGUCUACCUAAACUGCGGACACGUUCACGGCUACCACAACUGGGGGAACCGCGAGGCAGAGCGAGAUGGAAGAGAGGGAAGGGAACGUGAAUGUCCCAUGUGCCGCGCUCGUGGGCCAUAUGUGCCGCUGUGGCUGGGCUGUGAGGCUGGCUUUUAUCUGGAUGCAGCCCCACCCACUCAUGCAUUCAGUCCAUGUGGUCAUGUAUGCUCGGAUAAAACGGCUGCAUUUUGGAGUCAAAUCCCUCUCCCCCACGGAACACACACCUUUCACGCUGCAUGUCCUUUCUGUGCCAAGCAGCUCAGCGGUGAGCAGGGAUACAUCAGACUGAUCUUCCAGGGGCCGGUGGACUAAAAACUACUGCCUAUGGCUUUUUGACUACAUCAGCCCCAUAGCCUGCUUUGCUUAUGGUAAAAAUAAGACAGGCUUGCUUUCUCACUCUCUCUUUCUCUGCUGUUCCUGAAAUGUUCUUUUCUUUUUGUAAGUUGUGACUCGAGACUGUUUUUUCCCCUUUGGUUUGUAAGUGACCUUUAUACUGCUUUUUCGAAUACAGAGAAAAGACAAAGAAAUAUAUAUUUUCAAAUAAAAUAGAAAUAAAAGCAAAAAAAUAUAAUAGAAAUGGAAUAGACCUAUUCAAAACAGCAGAGCACAUGCACACCGAUGUUUGAGAGUUUUGAUUGGGUGGCUCUGCUCUUCAUUUGAAGUCAAAGAUGGUGAUGUGUACGGUGUUUAUUUGCAGAAAAAUCUCAACAAUAGAGAUGCAAUACACAACCAUGUGUGUUUAUAAUGAGCUAACAAAAGAUUCUAUUGUACUCAAUAAUUAAUUCAGUUCACAUAGCAACUACAUUAUACUACAGAAAGUAGUUUUCAAUAGUCAGAAAUGUCUAACGUAAACAAAAAUACUUGCUAAUGUUUUUUUUAUUUAUAUGCAAUAGCAAUGUUUAUCAAAGAUAAGAUUCUAGGUGAGUUGAGUUCUAUGUAGCUGAUUUUUUUGUUUUUUAUUAGUUCUCUCUAGCUUUCUCUGUCGUUAAUUUGAGCAUUCAGAUUUUCUCUGUUCUGUAGUUUGUCUUCAUUAAUUUAGGUAACAUAUGAUUUAUGUGAGAGUGGAAUCUUUCCUGCAAUAGUGAACUCAUGAGGUCAUGCUAAAAGAAAAGUUCUUGCUGAACCCCAGAACUUCAGAGGCCUAAAAGUCAUCGCCUGCCUUUGGGCACUGGCCAAAACCAAAUGCCCUGUCAGUGAGUGUUUGCAGAGAUGUGUCUUUUGUGUGUGGAUAAAGUUUUUCUUAGUCAACAUGAAAGGAAAAUCAAUCCAAUUGACUUUCUUAACACACGUUUGUGGUCUUCUUGUUAGCGAUUUAUUGGUGCACAUAAUUCUAAAUAUUUUGUUUUCUCUUGGCAUUUUGCCUUAAAAAUUAAACAACUUGCUCAGCUUCCAAAAUAACUUUUUCUUUUUGCAGGUAUGCAAACUUAUGAGCGGUAAAAAGGUGAGAUAGUCAUAGCAGCUGUUCCAGAUAUAUAAUUUCUAUUGAUUAGUUUGGUUUAUUUAAGUAGUUUUAUUAUUUAUUUAGUUAUUUUUUAAGUGUUUAAGCUUAAAGUAACCCUUUCAAGUGAUUUAAAUAAGGAAAAAUGUAGAAAAUGUUCCAAACAAUUUGGGCAAAUUCACUUCAGAAAAGGUGACUUUAGCUGAAAGGUGAGUAGUUUGCAUCCCAGUUUUAAGCUGACAUCACAAAACGCUCUAUAUUAAAUAUUUGCCCCGCCUAUCCAACCACCUGUCAUGUACAGACCACUUUUCAUGAUAGUCAUUUUCCAAUUUAUAAAAUCCAGGCCUGUCCUACGUUAUUUAUUUAUUUUCAUUUUUUAAUUGUUGGACAUCCUGUUACACUUAGGUAAAUAUCACAACAGCAAGAGUGCUGUCAAAUUCAGUACAACAGCAUGAUUGUGAGUGUGAUAUUGCUUAGGUUAAUAUCGAGGAAUACAUUUUAAACACAUUUUAAACAUAAAACUAACAAUUUAGACAUAAAAUGGCCAGUUAUUAUUUUUGCUCUGUUAACAAAAUGUCUUAAAAUGACACCAAAGCAAGUUUAACAGUUGUGUAUUGCCAAGCAACACAGACUGACAGCCUGUCUGGAACACUGUGACCAGAGACAAGUGGAGCAAUACAAGAAGUGAAUCGUCCCAGGGCUUUUAAAAAUGAACAUUCUCUGAUCAUUUACUCACCAUUAUGCCAUCCCAGAUGUGUAUGACUCUCUAUAUUCUGCAGAACACAAAUUAAGUUUUUUUUUUUUUUUAUUUUAGCUCUGUAGGUCCAUUCAAUGCAAGUGAAUGGUGACCAAACCUUUGAAACUUUAAAAAGCACAUAAAGAUAAUCUAUAAGACUCCAUAUUUUCAGAAACGUUAUGAUAGGUUUGGGUGAGAAACAGAUCAAUAUUUAAGUCCUUUUUAACCAGUAGGUGGCGAUAUGCACAAAUAAUUUGAAUCAACAAAAAUAUAAAGUGGAGAUUUAUGGUAAAAAAGGACUAUUGAUAUGUUUUUCAACCACACCUAUCAUAUCUCUUUGGAAAACAUGGAUUAAACCACUGGAGUUUUAUGGAUUACCUUUAUUCUGCCUUUAUGUGCUUUUUAGAGCUUCAGAGGUUUGGUCACCGUUCACUUGCAUUGAAUGGACCUACAGAGCUGAAAUAUCCUUCUAAAAAUCUCCAUUUGUGCUCUGCAGAUGAAACAAAUUCAUACACAUUUGAGAUGGCAUGAGCGUUUUCAUUUUUGUGUAAACUAUCCCUUUAAGAAAUAAUGUGGGUUGUGAACACUCUUUUCUCUCUUUUGAGCCUUUCUGUGUAGAGGAGUUGUGUUGACUCUUCUCUUGUCCCUCUUGUUUAAUUUACUUUUGCCAUCUUAUGCUUUGCUUUACAAGUCUUGCUGAGUUUUGUUUUUAUACCCAACACUUACUAGAAACAUUGUUCCAGUAGAAAACAAAACGGUCAUAUCUUUUCUUUAAGUGUAAAAUAGAUAUUAGGAAGGUUGAUAUUAUAUAAAAAAAAAAAAAGAAUUCUACUCAUACACUGUAAGGAGACCACAUUUUGUGUAUCACUGACUCUGCGCAAGCAACUUCACAAUUUUAGUUCCUCUUGAAGAAUUUACUUACGUGUGUAUGAGUAACCUAAUAUAGUUGUAUUUGUAAAUUGUGUCAUAUGUUUUAUUUUAUGUGUUGUGCAUACUGUAUGAAUGUAUUUAAAUGUACUGUACUGUGUUUCCUGUGUUGUGUAAGAAUCUGAAAAGCAUAUAUUGAGUCCAAAUGGUUGAGAAUUCCAGAACUCUGACAAGUGGAUUCUGGAUUUCUGUGUGGCUGUGGAAUCCAGGCUGAUGUUCCAGACAUUGCAUACUGGUGCAGUUUUCACCUCAGGGACUUUCCUGAAUCCUGACCAUGUGUUCAUGAAAUAUUCCAUACCCAAAUGGCUGAUCUUGGAUCUGUAUGUGUGGGAGAUCUUAAAGGGAUAGUUUACUCUAAAAUUAUAAUUCUGUCAUGAUUUACUCACCCUCAUUCCAAACCCGUAUGACUUUAUUUCUUCUGUGAAACACAAAAAGAAAAAUUCUGAAGUCUGGUUGCUGUUUUUCCAUGUAGUUACAAGGAAGGGGGACUGAAGCUUUCAAGAGUCAAAGGACGCCAAAGCACCAAUAAAGUGGUCCAUACGACUCAUGCUAUAUUUCUGAAGUCUUCUGAAGCCAUAUAAGCAUUGUAUGUAAAAUGAUUGAAAUUUAAGUCAUUAAUCAAUGUGAGUAAAUGAUGACAGACUUUUCAUUUUUGGUUGAACUGUUCUCUUCACCAAACCACUCUGAAGAAAUCUUAAGCUCAGUCACACCACAGUUAUAUUUGUCUGUCACCUUGUUCUUCAUUUUUCAAAUUUGUAGAUACUUCAUUAGCAAAAAUGUUUUCCUCCAUCUCAUCCCAUAUAAGUAUUUCUCCCAGUAUUAAACAUUAGACUUCAGCGACACAUCUGACCUUUUAAGGGCAACACAUGUUUGUAGAAACAGCGUGUGUAAAGGGCUUUCAUUUUCUGUUGAUUUGUCAGUUGAAGUCUUUGUUUAGUUUUUCUUCAUGUUUUGGUCUAACAGGUCUGCAUGAUCCUAGUCUUAGUGUAAGAGAGUGUUUGUGCCCUUGCGUUCUGAAAAACAAACAAGAACAGAUUGCUUAAAAGACAAAUGCAGCGAAUGUUCCUGAUCUACCAUUUUUUUUGUACCAACUUUACAUAAAAUAUGAAAAACAAGAAUGUGUCAUGAAUGUUAUUUUCAUCUCACUGACAAUGGAUGUGCUUUCUGAAGGCAUCUUCCUGGCCUUUUUUUAAUUCUGUAUUUGCAUAUGUUCAUGAAAGGGUUUCCUCAUUUUGAGAAAGCUGGAAUUACAGAUAGAAAACUAUGUUGCUUUGUGUGCCAAAUAAUGAGCAUGUGGGUAAGAAAUGAGGAAGAAAGAUGCCAGAGCAAAACGUGUCACCCUUUUUAUAUUUUCUUGACAUUUUUAGACGUUCUAAUGUUGAUUCUACUAACAUGUUCAGUUUACCAUUGACCUGACACUUUGCUGUACUGUGCAGCAAUUUGUUGAAUUAUUUUACCCAUAUAAAACUAUUUCUGUUGCUUUCUGGUGUUUGAAAGUGCUUGCAAUUGUGUGGCCACAGAAUACUAAUACUUCUCUUAAUGCCUUGGCCUGCUUUCUUUUGAUAUAAAAAAAUCCCAUUUGCUUGACGAGCCACUCAAACUAGCUAAAUGUGAGUGUCGGCAUGUCAUUCGAAGUUAAUAGUACCCACAACCUUUAUUACUGACUUUGAACUGUAAUCUGAAACCCCCAUAUACCUAUAUACUAGAGUUAACAGCAUGUGUUAGAGGCGUUCUCAGCUAGAACUGAGAUUGGGUUCAGUCUGAAGGGAUUGUUUUAUGGGAGCAGUGGAAUGGAUUGUACACUGACAUAAUGGAAUUAAAAUAUUUUUUGUGAGAUGUAUUUACAAUGGAAUUAAAAUAUUUUUUGUGAGAUGUAUUUACAAGUAAACAUAAGUAAUGUUGAUGUUCUUCGUAGCCAUUUAAUUCAAUAGGUCUGAUGCCAGGAGAUAUGUGUUUUUGUCCAUACAACGAUGUCACAAAUCAUUGCUCAUUUGUAUUUACACAUCCCACAGGAUGAGUCACCACACCCUUGGCCUCACCUUCUGGUGCACAGUUCAAGUCAAGAGAGCAGGCCUUGUGUGGUUAACUGUGGUGUCAAGUUACAACUCUGAAAGGGAGAAUCAAUUCUCUUUCACCCGCUAUUUUUAAAUUGUUGGUGUAUGUAAACAUAGUGUGUUUCCACUGAUGUGCACCUUCAGUUUGUGUGUGUGUCGUUUCACCAAUCUUUGGACUAUUAUGUGUUAGUUUUUUCGGCUCAUGUCAGCAUGGAUUGCUUGUGAACAGUCAAUAUGAUUCAAGCUUUGUGAAGGAACUGUUAUUGAAAGAUGGGGCAGUUCAAAAAUGUAAGUAAAGAAUUUCAUUCAUGAAUAUUUCAAAUGGCAUGACUGUUUGAUGAACUGUUUAUGGCGAGUGUUAACAGUUGUGCUUGAGAUGAAGUUUAAUAUAUUCAGAUGCAAUAUGUUGGAUGUGUGUUAUGUGUAAACCCUGCAAUAUUGUUUUAUAAUUUCAAGGUUCAUUCUCUUUGAGUUUGCUGAAUUUGAGGGACUUCGUGAUCCUCUGAAGCAAUACGAUUUGUUUUGGGUGAAUUAUUUUUUUUUUUUAACAAAUGUUUCACUAUAAAUUGCGAUAAA